CGUAACUUUGUUAGCGACAGCCUUGAACUCUCAGCCUUCCUCCCACUUCAUUCACGCCGUGUUUCUAUCAUCUUAGGAUCCUAGAACACGACUUUUCUUUCGCUUCUAGUAUCCAUUCCCAAGCAAUAGAACUAUCAGAGAUGCGACAAUGGCUGCGGAUCCUUUUGAAGUUCGAAUGCGCUUCAGUGGGCAGCUUCAACACAUGAACGCGAGCACCACUUCGGCGCAGAAAGCUGCCCAGUAUGCGCUGAAGUACAAGGACAUGGAUGAAGAUUUGCACUCGUGCAUUCUUGAACAGCUGGAAAAGACUAACAUGAAUACCCGCGCCAACAUCAUGUACUUCAUCGAGCAUCUACUAGAGAUGGCAUCCAAGGAGCGACAGAAUGACUAUGUACGCAUGAUGCAACGCGACAUCCUCCGAGUCGUCGACGCGGUUUGCCCUGAAGACGGUUCAGGUGCCGCGAAUGUGAAAGUUGUCCGCAAGGUGCUUCAAGGUCUUUUCAACAAAUGUAUCUUACUCGAGCAGACGGUAACCGAAAUCGAAGCUUGCCUUAAAGAGCGCGACACCUCCGCCGACGCUAGCUUCUCUUCACCUGCCAACGGCGACGACUCUCGUUCGCGCAAUGCCAAUGGUGCUAAUAACUCUAACCGCCUUGACAAGCGCCAGAUCGAGCAGCGCAUCGAAGAAGAUCGCGAGCGACACAAGCGUAUGCGUGAGAGUAUGUGGGCUGUUCCUGGAUCUAUUGAAGAGGAGGCAAUGAAGCUUUGGGAAGAAACAAGCGAGCUAGGUGAAGAUGAUCACAUUCUUGGAAGAGAAGAGUGGGAGGAGUUUCAACGGGAGGCUGAGGCAAGCAAGUGCCAUCACCUUCGAGCAAGAGACGCUGCUAAUGCUGCCGCUGCCGCCGCCGCUGGUAACACCACCACCAAUGGAGCUCCAUCGCGUUAGGAGGCGAUGCCUGAGCACCUUGACGCUCCCGAUAGUCCUAGA